CGUUACUAUACAUAUCUAUAUCCGCGAGUGAAGUAUGAACUGAUAUACAGGAUCGUUGACAGGUGAACAUUUGAAGAUCACACCCGAUCAAGCUAGUUCAGCCAGUCAGAAGCCAGCAAUAAGAACGUUGGAAGGGUAGCGGUAAUGUUAAAAUGAAGAAACGAAAACUCGCAGACCUUGGCUAUCAAACAACAGCAAGUGGCACAGAAAGAAACAGGCUUUCACCUCAGUAUUUAAUAAGUAAAGAAAGACUUACAAGAGGCAGAUUGUUGAAAGACAGUGGAGACUCAUCAAACAAUUGGCGUUACGUUCUACGUUCAAAUAAAGAAAAUUUGAAGGGUAGCGGUAAUGGUAAAAUGAAGAAAAGAAAGCUCCCAGACCAUGGUAAAGAAAGACGUACAAGAGGCAGAUUGUUGAAAGACAGUGGAGACUCAUCAACCAAAUGGCGUUCCGUUCUACGUUCAAAUAAAGAACAUUUGAAGGGUAGCGGUAAUUGUAAAAUGAAGAAAAGAAAGCUCCCAGACCAUGGUAAUGAAAGACGUACAAGAGGCAGAUUGUUGAAAGACAUUGGAAAAUCAUCAAACAAGAGGCGUUACGAUCUACGUUCAAAUAAAGAUCACAGAUUGCGAGUUUAUCAGUUGAAAUGCGGCCGAGAUUGUUUUCCUUUAUUAGACUACCACUGUAGUCUGGCCAACGAUAUUGCUACUAAAUAUGAAAAGGUGAAACACUUCCUCUCUGGAACAGAACGAGCUGUGGUAUUGCCAAAUAUCUUGCAGACACAAGAUUUGCUGUUUACUGUAGUGACAAACGGUGAAAUCAAGGAAGAUCUUCCCCUCAUCCUUAGAAAACAAAAUCUUGACAAUAUCAAAUACGCAGAUAUCACAGAGAAAUCCUAUGUGUCGCACAAAAUACAGGAGGCCAAGGGCAGUUCUUGUUGCUUAGUGAUUGAACACUCGGGCGUCAAUUUAGAUAUCCAGGCAGCAGAUAUUCUUCGCGUAUCGUCACAAACACCAAACAAAGCUCCGUGUAAAAAAGAUGACAGAGAGAUGGUGUCUGACAUGACUGAACAAGAUAUACGAAGAACUCUUACUCACUUUCUUUGUAAACCAUUGUUUUCGUAUGCAGAUCAAAUUGCACUGAGAUUGAAUAAACCGUCAAACGCAACUUCUGCCUCGCCAGAUCUUGACGGAUUAUUUGAACAGGCUACACAGGCUGCACAUGCUUUGCUCAACAGGAAGUACACGUCAAGAUCAUCAAGAUCACCUGAAACUGGCAGAAUUCCCGACAAAGUUGCUGUUGAACUAAAUAAGUUGGCUGCAGAUGGAGUUUUGGCCUUUGGUUUCUUCUCAACUGGUAUGAUGGUAUUCGUUGACGGGAACAUUACGGAACAACGACGUCGACGGCAUGUGGAAGAAAAGGUUAAAUUGGCCUGUGAUUCAAUAGACAAAUCACCGAGAGUAGAAUUUACCUCCAGAUCAUUUCUCAGGCCAACUUCAAUAAAACAGGGGGGCACACUGAAAAAUAGAACAACAGGAAUGUCUGGGACGCUUGGAAUGGUUACACGUGCGCAAGAUAGACGAGGGCAAGUUGAUGAGCAGGAUACCGUGGUGGCAUUGACGAGCGGACAUUACUUCGAAGAAGGUAAUAUUGCUGUUGGUUAUAUAGAUAAACAAAACCAAAAAGAAACAGAUUUAGGAAGAUGCGUCGCUAGCCUACCGAAACACGAUUUCGCUGCAAUCAAGAUUUCAAAAUCAGAUGGAAUUUCUUUUAAUUUCCAUGACCAACAUGAUAGACUUUGCAACUGCGUCCCCGUGAAACAAGAGAUGAGAAUACACAAUAUUGUGUACAAAAGAGGUGCUAACACUGGACUAACGAAAGGUUACAUCAGGAGCCCAGACUUCCAAAUCAACGGUUCAGGAGAUGAUACGCCUCUAUGCAAUCCAGCAAAAGGAUACCUUAUUCAAGGAUGUGAAAACAGAUCAUUCGCAGGUGAGGGCGACAGUGGAUCCGUUGUAUUCUUUCCCGAUUUGGAAGAUGAGGAGACAGUUCAAAUAGUUUCUAUACAAUCUUCUGUGUUUAAAGAAGAAUUAGCUGCAACCUUGAAAAUCCCAUCAAAUGUCAGCUAUACCGUCAGAGCUGACCGAUGUUUCGAGACUUUGCAUGCUGAAAAAGGAAUCGAAAUAAAUUUGCCGACAAAGCAAGACAUGGGCUGAUCUCAAUAUCCAUUGAAACAGGCCUGGAGAUAUAUUUAGUCGAAUCAUGCUUGCAUGUGAAAUUACUUCUUUUGCUUUAAAAUAUGGUAAACAAAACAAUUCACUUUGAAGCUUACUACCAUUUUCGCCUAUUUGUAAGAGGGGAUUAGUUCUUUAUCCUUUUCUAACUGCAUUAUGUAACCCCUACCAACUGUUGUUGAUGUGAGGGUAACACGUAGACUUUAUGAUGCACUGGGAAAUAUAACAUAUGAAAGAGCGUCCACGAAUAUAUAACGCAGUAAAGGCGACUAACGGUCGACAUAUGCCACAUUAUCAGUAAAGUCAACACCACUCGGCCAAACACUCCUUAAGUUUACAUUGUUACAAAAUGAAUCGUGAUUCGGUUAUUUAAAAGGAAAGAUACAUAUAGUUUUUUUCUGUUAAAUGCCUCUUUUCUACCAUAAGUAAGUUAAUCAUAAUUUGGACAUACAUCAGUUUCAUUUAUAUAUAUAUAAGGUCGUAAGGCCUUAUUUUUUUUAUAGUGUUUUAGUCGGUCGUUAGAUCUUAUUUUUUUGGUAGUUAUUUAGUCGAUCGUUUGAUAUAUUUUUUUUCUAUAGUGUUUUAGUCAGUCGUUAGAUAUAUUUUUUUCUUAACUUAACAUCAAUCAUGUAAUAACAGUACCACAAUGCCUCAGUAUGAAACAAGACAGCUAUAGUCAUAAGAGUAAUCAUCUAAUAAGUUUAUCUAUCUUUUUUUAGAGGUGAAGUGAAAUAAAAAUCUUGAAAUACCGGCAUAUUGUGUUUUCGUUUUUUCAGUCUUUUUUAAUAUUUUUCAGUUACUUUUUCUAUUUCUCUGAAAUUCAAUGUAUUAAAAGUGUACUAGUACUAUUCUCUUUCUCUUUGCAUUGACACCUUAAAGGUUUCCAUCUAUGAUUGAAAAUUCAAUAGUGCACAUUUAGGAUUUUUAUUUUUCAGUGAAUGAAAUGGUGAGCAUUUUGUACAAAGUCCACAGUAAUCCUCGCUGAAUAAGUUAGUGAGCAAUUAAAAAACUGUAAGUCAAAGGCUGAACACAGCAUAGUACUGCAAGGCAAUCUAUAGUCCCCCACAAGUAUUGAUUUCUAUAAUCACCAAGCUAUACAUGUACACCUAUCUCAGGGCAUGGGUCUCAAUGUCAUACUUUUUGUACUCAACACCGCCAGCCAAGACAAAGUUGCUUACCAAAUCUGGUCACUCAAGGUGAAUUAGUAUAGAUGUUAUACCCCAGACAAACUAUUUCAAAGGUUGAUAUCAAAGGUCAAAGCAUAUAGGUCACAAUAACCCAAAAUGAACUUGCAUACAAGAUCUAGUUAUUCCUGAUAAAAAAUAGAUAUAAAAGAUAUGCCCUAAACAUUUCUUUCUCAAAUGCUGAUGUCUAAGGUCAAAUAAAGGUCAAAGUAGCCCACUUUUGUACUUUAUACUUUGCCAUCCCAAGAUUUACUUCAUACCAAAUAUGGAUGCAUGUUCUAGUGAAAUAGUAUAGAAGAUAUAUGCCCCAACACAUGUUCUCAAACACUUCGGACUAAUUAAGGUCAAAUAAUAGGGUAUAAUGACCUACUUAUUUUACGUGAAACUGUAGCUGCACAUGCCAGGAUGUACUUGCAUACCAUAUUUAGCCGUUCCAGGUCAUAUGAACUUGACAAAGGUUUGAAUAAGGGAGAUAACUCCUAUAAAAAUUUGUAAUUGAAAUCAGAGUGUGUUGAUCACAUCGCUGAAGUUUCAAGAAAUUUGGCAAAAAAUUGUAAGGGUUGUGUGAACAGAAAUGUGUCUUCAGACAGACAGACAAACAGGCAACCUAAUUCUAGUAUAAUCAACACAACUCCUCUCAAACUUUGUUGAAGGGGGUAUACUAACAUUUCUAAAAUUAAGUACUUCAAUGCAUAAAAUAUGUUUGACAUAAUAUUCUGGACAGAAGUAAUAUGAAUGGGGCAUAACUCGAAUUUGACUUGCAAAAGGGCACAAAAUCGCAAAAGUGGGAAGCAAUAUGCCAACAGUAACACCGAGAGAAAUAACAUCAUUGCUUUAUAAGAUAUGCUUGACAAAUUAUUUUGGUACUCCCAUUACAUGAGAGGCCGCUGGUCGGCCUUUUUUCAAUCGGAUAGGAUUUUGCCGACUGCGACCUCUCAUUUCAGAAGCACUAUUUCUUUGCAGUUUCCACCCGAAAUCCGGGCGGAACAAAAUUGGCUUGAAAAACUCACUUAAGUGGUUAACAGUUCAUGACAACGAUGUCUAC